AUUGCCAUAUCAGAAUUAUCAUUUUUAUAAAACACUGGUGCGCACAAAAUCUCAACUCAUACUUAAGAAAAAGCGGGCGAUAAAAACGAAGUAAGAAAGGAACCCAAUUCUCAACAUCAAUUUAUUGUUGUGGCUUCAAACCUGCAAAUACACUUCAAUUUCUCCGCCCACAUCCUUUUUCUCCCUAUAAAAUUUCAUCAAUCAUCAAGUUUUAUUUUUCUCUCUCUCUCCAACUUCUUACCAGUAUCAAAUCGGAAUGGCUGCUACCGUUCAGUCAAUUGGCGCUCCAUCAUCUCUCACUGCCGCUAAUGCGAUUGAUUCUAAAAAAUUUCAUGGAAGAAAAGUGAGCUUUUUGGCAGUAAGAUCUGACCUACGUGCCAAAUGUGGUUCAAUAACUGGCCAAUGCAGGACUGGAAAUCUGGUUACACAUGCUGUGGCUAGUCCUGCAGCCUCUACUGCAUCUUCUAAAACAGGGCAUGAGGUUUUGCUCUUUGAAGCACUCCGUGAAGGUCUUGAUGAGGAGAUGCAAAGGGAUGCUCGUGUUUGUGUCAUGGGUGAAGAUGUAGGUCACUAUGGGGGAUCUUACAAGGUGACUAAAGGAAUGGCUACAAAGUAUGGAGAUCUUAGAGUUCUUGACACACCAAUUGCAGAAAAUUCCUUCACGGGGAUGGGCAUCGGAGCUGCCAUGACUGGUCUAAGGCCUGUUAUUGAGGGAAUGAACAUGGGAUUCCUUCUGUUGGCAUUCAAUCAAAUCUCAAACAACUGUGGCAUGCUGCAUUACACUUCUGGGGGCCAAUUUACCAUCCCUGUGGUCAUCCGUGGGCCUGGUGGUGUUGGGCGGCAAUUGGGGGCUGAGCAUUCACAACGUCUUGAGUCUUACUUCCAAUCAAUCCCUGGUAUCCAAAUGGUUGCAUGCUCUACCCCUUACAAUGCUAAAGGACUGAUGAAAGCCGCAAUCAGGAGUGAGAACCCUGUUAUUCUUUUUGAGCAUGUCCUGCUUUACAACCUCAAGGAGAGAAUUCCUGAUGAAGAAUAUGUUCUAUCACUGGAAGAAGCAGAGAUGGUAAGGCCUGGAGAGCAUAUUACCAUUUUAACCUAUUCCCGAAUGAGAUACCAUGUCAUGCAGGCAGCCAAGACAUUGGUCAACAAGGGCUAUGACCCUGAGGUGAUCGAUAUUCGCUCAUUAAAACCUUUCGAUUUGUACACAAUUGGGAACUCGAUCAAGAAAACUCACAGAGUGCUGAUUGUCGAAGAGUGCAUGAGAACAGGUGGCAUCGGUGCCAGUUUGACAGCGGCUAUUAAUGAAAAUUUCAAUGAUUAUCUAGAUGCCCCAAUCGUAUGUUUGUCAUCUCAAGAUGUCCCUACUCCUUAUGCUGGCACUUUGGAAGAAUGGACUGUGGUUCAACCUGCUCAAAUAGUUACUGCAGUUGAGCAGCUGUGCAGGUAAGAACACAUACAGUGGAACUUGAUCUUCUUCUCUCUCAUCCUCCCUCCUGUCUAUCAUUCCUUUAGCAAUUGGAAUUUAUAUGCAUCUUAGUACUUAGCACACUCGUGUCGUUUAAUAUUGCUGCUACGAGUUAGUUGUUCCUACUUCCUAGUUCAUUUCAUUAACAAUUUCGUGUUCCUACUUCCUAGUUCAUUUCAUUAACAAUUUCUGUCUGCCAAAGAAGAAUUUAUACUUACAGUGCUUCGAGGUACAAUUUUUUGGAGUAUCUGCUAAGUCGUCGGAAUUGUUCUUAAAGGUUAUUGUAAUUGAAACUGAAGGAGUUUCUUUAUGUUUGUCAUCUCAAGAAGUUGCUUAUGAAGCUCUGCUUAAAUUGUUCA